UCUUUGACUACGGUGUAUAGACUAUAGAGAAUUUCAGACGUGCGAGCAUUUCAACGAAGGUGAAUGUGAUUGGCUUCAAUCCAUAUUGUAUAUUAAAUCGUGUCUCAUCAUCAGUUUUGCAUCCGUGAGUGCUAUACAACGUUUGCCAGAAGGUGUACAUCGAGAGUUAAAUAAUGCCUGCUCUGGAAGAAGUGAAAUCCAGUUGGGCUGAUGAUGUUGAAGAAGAAGGACCAGCAUCAUCUGCUGCCCUACCACCUACUUCAGAAGUGAUUGAAAAUGGUUAUAAAAUUGUCACAGAUUACAAAGUAGAUGAAGAUAAUCGGAAAGUGAAAGUCAUUACCACUUACAAAAUUGAACGCAUUAAAGUUUCAAAGUCAGUUGCCCAGAGGAAAACCUGGAAGAAAUUUGGAGAAUCCAAAAAUGAUAAGCCAGGUCCCAAUGCUGCUACUACAACUGUUGCUGAAGAUGUGAUUAUGCAGUUUGUAUCAAGCAAGGAAGAAGAUAAGCCAGAAGAAAAUAUUUUGGAGAAACUUAAAGACAAAGGGGCUGUUAAAUGCCGCAACUGUGCCGGUGACCAUUGGACAACAAAGUGUCCACAUGGAACAACAAAUCUAAAUUUAGAUAAGUCUAUUGAUAAAGGUCCAGGUCUGGGAGGAAUUGGAGCAGAUGAUAAGAAACCAGGAAAUAAAUAUGUAGCUCCUGGUUUUCGCGAUGGUGGUGCAAAACGACUUGAUCUCCGUGGAGGACGUGAUGAAGCUGCAAUUAGAGUUUCUAACUUAUCUGAUAGUACUACAGAUGUUGAUUUGGAAGAUUUGGUUAAACAGUUUGGUCCCAUACAAAAACUCUAUCUGGCAAAAGAUAAGAACACAAACUUGUGCAAGGGUUUUGCCUACAUACACUUCAAGAGCAGAAGUGAUGCUGAAAAGGCCAUUAAAUCUCUUAAUGGGCAUGGAUAUGAUCAUUUGAUAUUGAAUGCAGAAUGGUCAAAGCCACUUAAUCCUAAUUGACAUCUUAGAUAUAUUUUACUGCUGGUUUUGGUGCGAGGCUUCCUUGCCAUAUGUCUGCUUGAUUUGUCACAUAAUUAACAUCAAACAACAUUGUAUGAAAUCUGAAAUGUCAAAUUCAUUUUAAAGUACUAACAAAAUAGUUAAUAAAUUUAUUUGUAGCACAACAGUGGAAGUAGUUUUUACUAUUAUGUAGUAAUAAUGAAUAUUGUCCACAGUAGGGCCAUUGUGAGAAGUUUUUGUUGGCCGGUUAAGAUAUCAUAUAUGCAUAAUUUGUAACCAUUGUUAAUUUCUUGCUUUACUGAAAUAAAUAAUUUACAUAUAAA